GCGAUUCUCCUCGGGAAGGCUGGUGGUGAGCAAAGACUUCGAGGGCGAGAACCCAUGGAUCAACAACAGUGAGUUCGGCCUGGCCGGCAGACCGUUGUCGGAGGAGAAAAUUCUUCUACCACUAUCUCGAGAACUUUUACUCCCUGAAAGCCUGGACCCAGACUCUGACCUUAGAUUUGCAGAACGUGCUCGCCCAUCAGUUGAGGCCACUUCGGCACAAAAAGGGCAACAUCGUUGGCUGACCAUGUUGAGGAGCCUACUGACCAUGUCGAGCGGAUACAGCUUGAAGAAGAAACCAGUGAUCGUCAUUAAUUUGACCUCCUACGUUGAAGAUGUGGGAGUAUCUGCUUUUCAACUUCGGGAAUUGCAUGAGGAGCUCAAGGGUGGAUUCAACACGGAGCAGCUCUUUUACCAAAGCAUUUGGUGGCUCAACAAGGACCAGUUUGGAGCAGCGAGACUCACUCGGGAGGUGGUCGACUCAUGGCUAUCAGGGAAGCUGGAGUUCGCAGGCCAACGCAUCAACCUCAAUGCACCAGAUCUCACUCAGGAUGAAAUCUCAUCAGUUCCAGGAGGUGCAGCCGCCAUGAGCAGCCUCGAUACCUUGCAGUUCGAGGUCCUCGAACGAGUUGGAGGCAAAAUGGUGAUCAAGUCGGACGAACACCGUUUCUGGACAACCCAGGGAGGAAGCAUCACAGAGGAUUAUCAAAGCCUCCGAGAAAAGCACCUUGCAUUGAUAGGAUCUGCUGGAGCUGAUGCAGCUACCAGGCAAGUCGUGGAGGCUUCGGAAGAGCAGGAACAACCUGAGCCCCUGCCAUCUACAUCAGAGAAUGAGGAGAAAGAGUCCUUGGCAAAGCUCGAAGAAUCACCAGGCCUGGAAUUGAAGGUCGCUUCUGAAAUCAGCGGUGUGGACUUGAUCCUUGGGAAAGACAAAUCUUUGUGGCUUUAUUCGUCAUCCGCCGACAAGAUGAUAGGCAAGCAUGUCCAGAUCGGCGGCUUCGGGACUGGCCAAUACGUGCCUGCUGAAGGUGAAGAAGGGCUUGAGUUCAAGCUGCCCCAGGGUGACAAGACAUUGAUUCAGUUGGACGAAACUUCAUGGAAGCAGGAUGGCUCUGGAACCUCGGUGAUUUCCCUAUUCAAACUCUUGCUGAUGUGUGAAAAUGAGAAGAACAUCACCGACCACAAGAUCUCCUACCUGAACGUCAAGAGGAAGGAUGAUGCCAACCUUGAGAGCGGCAUGGACGGAUUCGAAGUCUCCUACAAAAAACCAUAUGCGCUUCAAGUGCGUGACCCCUGA